AUGUUUAUUAUUAUUAUUAUUAUUUUUUUUUUCCAGACGUCGACAUUUUCAAUUCAAAAUCAAAAGAAAGAUGUUAAAAAAACCGGAAACGGCGGAAACAAUCGAAGCGCUUCCUCUUUGUCUUCCCGCGAAGUCGAAUUUCAAAAUUGGAGAAGGCGAAAAAGUUUCGAUCCCAUGAAAGCAGCCGCCGAAGGGCGGAAAAAAGAAUUGGCGAAAAAAGCAGCCAUGAAUCAGAUAAUGACGCAAUCGGCGAAUAUGGGAAACGGUACCCGAACCCGUGGGAACAACAGCGCCACUUUACCCGUUCUCAGAUCUGCGUCUUUUCAUUCUACGGCUCAGGUUUUCGGGGGAGGGGGAGAAGACGACGGUCGGGACGAAGAAUUUCAAGAUCAGGGAUCGACGGACGAACAGGAAGAAUCCGGUGCUUCGUCAUGGGCGUCCAAUCAUCAUUCACUUUUGACAAAUUCACCCACUCAGGUUUGUGCUCGGUGCUGUUGUUCGACGGUGGUCCGAGGUGUCACAAGCGGUAGCAGAUGUUCGCUCGUCUCCGAAAGUCAUUCACCUUCUAGUCGUAAAUUAAGAUCAGAGGAUCUUGAUAGUUUGGUUAUGACCGCCAUAAGCGACUUGUCGUACAAAUUAAAAUUAAAAUCGAGCCAAUUGUUGAAAAAAUUAAAUUACCUGUACGUUUCGAACGAGGAAAAAUCAUUUCGACUUCGUGACGAAAUCGCACUUCUCGACAGCAGACGAAAUUCAUCAGCAAAAUCAUCGCCGAUACAUCAAGCAGCUUCCAGAGAUUUGUCAGCCAUAUUGAAAAAUUUAAAAGGUUUGGAAAACGUUUUGAAAGUCGUAGACGACACGUUCGAUUCGAUUGUGAUAAACGUUCACGAUGACCAAUGA